AUGACUGUCACCGAAACUAAAGUCAUCUACCGGGAUUCUCCCACUUAUGAACAAGCGCGUGUUGGACGAGUUUUCAACCACCGACGGCCAAACCGGUAUCCUCACGGCGUCGUGGAAGCAACAUGCGUCCAAGACAUCACCAAUGCUGUGCAAUUAGCCAAAUCCCAGAAUCUGAGAGUGUCGGUCCGUUCGGGUGGACAUUCCUGGGCAGCAUGGUCUGUCAGGGACGAUGCGAUUCUCAUCGACCUUGGGAAGUAUAAGUUCAUCGAGUACGAUGAAGAGACGAAGAUUGUGAAGGUUUCGCCUAGCACCACGGGAAAGAUGCUGGCUGAACACCUUUCUGCGAAAGACAGGAUGUUUGGAGGUGGCCAUUGUCCGGACGUUGGGCUGGGAGGGUUUCUCCUUCAGGGUGGGAUGGGGUGGAAUUGCAGGAACUGGGGCUGGGCGUGCGAGCAAAUUGCUGCGAUUGACGUUGUGACUGCCGAGGGAAUCGCUUUGCAUUGCAGUGAGCAGGAGAACGGUGAUCUCUUCUGGGCUGCCCGGGGUUCAGGUCCAGGUUUCCCUGCCGUGGUGACGGCAUUCUAUUUGAAGACGCGAGAAGCUUUCAAAGCCAUGAAGAAUUCCGUAUUCAUCUACCCGCUCACUGAAUACAAAGUCGUUAUGGAUUGGGUACAAAAGGCGGUACAUGAAUGCGACGACUCGAUCGAAGCCGUAGCAGUGGGGAUCAUCGACCCAGUGACCCAAGUCCCAGCAUUCCUAACUUCGUUCCUCACGUUUCAACAGACGGAGGAGGCAGCCCUCGCGUCCCUCAGACACGUCAACGCAACCCAUCCCCCAGGCGCAAUCAUGGAAGCCCCCAACAGUCCAAGCUCGCUCUUAAACGAAUACUGCAACCAGGAGCUUGCAAAUCCGCAAAGGCACCGCUACAUCGCCGAGAAUGCUUAUAUUAAAGACGAUGCAGACGUGACCGAGGUCCUGAGGAAAGCGAUGACCACCUUGCCGGAAGGGAGUAAGAGUUUCACGCUCUGGUUUCCAAUGUAUCCCUGCAGCCGGAGGGAAUUGCCUGAUAUGGCACUGAGCAUGCAGUCCGAUCAUUACAUGGCACUGUAUACCGUUUGUGAGAAGGAAGAGGACGAUGAGCGGUGCAGAAACUGGGUUACUGAUGUGAUGAGGGAGGUGGAGAGGGAGAGUGUGGGUGCCUAUUUGGGGGACUCGGAUUUCCAAGCAAGAAAGACGAGGUUUUGGGGCGUGGAGCAGGGGAGGAGGUUGAUAGAGGUGAGGAGGAAGUGGGAUCCUGAGGGCAGGGUUUGUGGGUAUCUGGAUGAGGGGGACAGGUCUGGGGUCGAGGGGUUGGAGAAUGUGCAUGAGUGGCAGAAGUAA